AUGGCGUCAAGCGGUAACCCCGGCGCCGGUCACGAAUAUCCUGCUGUCGAAGUCUCAUGGUUACAACGCGAUGUUCUCCUGUUUGCCGUCUCGAUUGGUGCGACAGUUGACGAGCUCAAUUACAUUUACGAACUUCAUCCCAAAUUCGCAGCAUUCCCAACCUACCCCAUAAUCCUCCCAUUCAAGAAGACCUCGGCGGAGGUUGUCGACUUCUAUGCGGCUAAUUCCUCAGGCCGGGACGAGAUCCCCGGCGUCCCGAAGCUCGAUAGCAAACGCGUUGUCGACGGAGAGCGUAUCAUGACCUUUUUCAAGCCCAUCCCGACAACUUCCGCUGGCCGACGCUUCGAAUCACGAUCCAAGAUCUUGGGUGUUUGGGACAAGGGAAAGCCGGGAACCGUGCUGGAGACGCAGACGGAUCUGGUGGACGCGGAGUCGGGCGAAAUAUACACACGAGUCAUCGGCUCGGGCUUCUUCAUCGGCCAGGGCGGUUGGGGUGGUCCCAAGGGACCUAAGAAUGCUGCAUACCCUCCUCCUGAAGGCGUCAAGCCAGAUGUCACACACGAACAUGUCACAACUGCGGAGACGGCGCAUCUGUAUCGACUGAAUGGCGACUACAACCCUUUGCACGCGACUCCUGAGCCUGGCAAGGCCAUGGGCUUCGGAGGUGCCAUCAUGCACGGACUCUACUCAUGGAACAGUACCGCGCACAAUCUCGUCCGCCUGCUCGGCGGCGGUGACCCAAGCAGUAUCCGCGAAUUCGGCGCCCGGUUUGCCUCGCCCGUCAAGUCCGGUGACACCCUUGUCACACAGGCCUGGCGCAUGCCCAACACUCAGGAUGCUGAAGGGUUUGAGGAGAUUCGAUUCAUCACAUCGGUCAAGGGUGGGAAAGUGUGCUUGAGCAACGGUCGCGCGAAAGUCCGAGUGGCGGCCUCGGGUGGAGCGAGCAAAUUGUGA